AUGGCAGACGCAGCGCUUUUUACGGGGAUUGCAGCGGGGAAGCAGGUUUACAUUGUGGAUGGACGACAUUCUCGUGGCCGCUCGUGGAGCAAAGCGCAUUACGAAGGUGACGUGGACACGAGGCGGUCCACAACGGGGCACGUCUUUCUAUGUACAGGGGGCGGUCAGCUGGUCGAGCAAAUUGCAGCCAACGGUGGCGCCUCGACGGUGGAAGCUGAGUACCUGAGUGCAGCGCAAGCAGUCACGGUGAAGGAGGCGUUGUGGUUUCGCAAGCUUGAGGGAGAUCCUGAGUUGGACCUCGUCCGGAACAAUUUGAGUCCGGAUACUACUGCGCGACAACCAAGGGGCAACCUACGGCUCUUAAAGCAUCCAAUCGCUUUGCAGCGGUCGAAGCACAUUGACGUGAUUCACCACUUGGCACGCAAGGAGGUCGCGUUCGCGUACUAG